GCUCCUCGCUCGCCUCCUUGCUCGCCUCUCUCCGCGCCGGGAUCGCGCCUCUCGCCGUUCCCUUUCCCCCGGCCAGCUCGCUCGGUGCGCGCCCCGUCGCGGUUCCCUCUAUUGUGCCCGAUGCGCCUGGCGGAGAUGAUCAAGAAGAUGGGGCCCAGCGAAGCGGAGCUCAACAUCCCGGCCAAGAACUGCUACCGGAUGGUCAUCUUGGGCUCCUCGAAAGUGGGCAAGACGGCCAUCGUGUCCCGCUUCCUCACCGGGCGCUUCGACGACCAGUACACGCCCACCAUCGAGGACUUCCACCGCAAGUUCUACAGCAUCCGCGGCGAGGUCUACCAGCUGGACAUCUUGGACACCUCCGGCAACCACCCUUUCCCGGCCAUGAGGCGCCUCUCCAUCCUCACAGGAGACGUCUUCAUCCUGGUCUUCAGCCUGGACAACCGCGACUCCUUCGAAGAGGUCCAGCGUCUGAAGCAGCAGAUCGUGGAGACCAAGUCCUGCCUGAAGAACAAGACCAAGGAAAACGUGGAUGUCCCCUUGGUCAUCUGCGGGAACAAGGGCGACCGGGACUUCUACCGGGAGGUCGGCCCCCGGGAGAUCGAGCAGCUGGUGGGCCCCGAUCCCAAGAAGUGCGCCUACUUCGAGAUCUCGGCCAAGAAGAACAGCAGCUUGGAUCAGAUGUUCCAGGCUCUCUUCGCCAUGGCCAAGUUGCCCAGCGAGAUGAGCCCCGACCUCCACCGCAAGGUCUCCGUCCAAUACUGCGAACUCUUGCAGAAGAAGGCCCUCAAGAGCAAGAAGCUGCUCAAGGAAGGAGCUGGGGAGGGCGGGGGAGAGGCCUACGGCAUCGUGGCCCCCUUCGCCCGCCGCCCCAGCGUGCACAGCGACCUCAUGUACAUCCGAGAAAAGGCCAUCCGAGGCGGGCAGGCCAAGGACAAAGAGCGCUGCGUGAUCAGCUAAGGCGGCUUGGGAGUUUUACCAAAGCUUUGCCGUCGAGACUUGGGCCGCCGGUGGGGUGGCGUCCGCCUUGUGGUGAGGGUGGCAUCGCCCAGCCCUCCAGGGCACCGUGCCUCCAACCUCCCCUCUUUUGGGGGAGGGGGACCUUUCUUCACCUGUGCCCCAUUUUUGAAGGAAGGGGUGUCGAGACUGCUGAUAGAGAGGAGGGCGCUCCCUGGUGCGAGAAGAGACUUUGGACUGGCGGAGAGAUCUUUUGGAAGCAGGGUGUGGCGGGAAAGAGGGGGGGUUCUCUCCAGACCCUCCCGGCAUCCUAUAUUGUCUAAGACUUGAUUUUGAAGGGGGAGCUGAGUCGUUGGAGGGGUGGCGUUCUGGCUGGGAGGGUGAAACCAGCCCGUACAGACUUCUGAAAGUGGUGUCUGUCUGUCUGUCUGUCUCUGUCAUUAUUGGCGUGCUCUUGGAAAGCACUUUGAGAAGAAAACUUGUUUGCUAUCAAAAGAUAUUGGCAAAAUUCUCCACUCCCUUUCUCUCCCCCUCCCCACUUGUGGGAAUAGCAGGGGAGGUCGGGCUGGUGGGCAAGUUUUCUUGUUUACAUUGUCUUUGUCUGUCUUGGUUUGUUUUUCCUGGCAAAAACGGAACUUUUUUGAAAAAAACCAGGCACUUUACGCGCAGAGUAUUUUGGUCCUCGGACCCGAACAAAAAUGGGAGCUUCAGUGGUUCUGCGGUGUGUGGCCGUUGUCUCCUUUUUUGUUAUAUUUUUUCUACAAAAUAAAAAAAAACCUUUUCAAAUUA